UUUUUUCUCCAUAUGCGCCUACAGUUUCAUACCCCGCUUGCUUUUUAACUUGUAAGGGUGUGUCGGUUUGAAACCCUAGAAUUUUUUGAAUAGUGUGUUUCUCUAAUCUGUACUUUGCACUGACAAGCACUCGUUUGAAUUAAACAAGACUUACUGGAAUUUCAAAAUGUCUACAAGAAGUAAAAAAACACCGGCAUCUAGCUCGCAAGCAUCCAGCUCGGCUUCCCAAUCACGAAGCUCACCUCUCAGCCCAACACGUUUAACGCGCCUUCAGGAGAAAGUCGAACUGCAAAACUUGAACGAUCGUCUUGCCAACUACAUCGACCGAGUUCGCCAAUUAGAGUCUGAAAACAACCGCUUGACUCUUCAGAUCACCACCACACAAGACACCAUUUCUAGGGAGGUGACUUCUGUGAGAGGUUCAUACGAAAAAGAACUUUCAGACACCCGUCAACUCUUGGAUGAAACAGCCAAAGAAAAGGCAAGACUUCAGCUUGAAGCAGGACGGGCAAGAGCUGAGUUGGGAGAAUUGACUCCAAAAUACAACAAAGCCAAAAAUGACCUCCUUCAAGCAGAGAAAAAGGUCCAGCAGCUGGAAACCCGUAAUAAUGAGCUUAAUGCGUCUCUUCAUCAGCUAAGAAGCGACAUGGCCAGAGCCAAUGAGGAAAAGAAGGAUGCCGUCUCUGAGAGGGACAAGUUGGCAAAGCAAGUGCCAGAAUUACAACAACAACUCGAGACGGAAUUGCUGGCCCGCACCGAUUUGGAAAAUCGGAACAUGACUCUCAAAGAAGAGCUGUCGUUUAAACAACAGAUGUACGAGCGAGAGAUGACCGAAGUAAGAUCCAACAAGCAAGUUGAAAUCAGCGAGAUUGACGGACGCCUUCAAGAACAAUACCAAGCCCGUUUGCAGUCCACAUUGCAAGAACUGCGUGAGCAAUACGAAUCCCAGAUUCAACAAAGCCGAGACGAAGUCGAAGUCCUAUAUCAGAAUAAGGUUGAAGAUUUGGAAGACCAGGUCAAAAAGCAACGAGGUGCAGCUGGCGCUCAUUACGAAGAACUCAUUCAAGCUCGUAAUCGUCUGAAGGACGCCAACCUUAAACUGUCUGAAUUGGAGUUGGCCAACUCUCACAUGAAGGACCGCCUUGGUGAGAUGGAACGAAACAUGGAAACCGAACGCCAAACGCACGCAACAGCUAUGCAGGAUGCUUCAGCCGUUUACUCUUCCAUGUGCCAGGGAGAAAUCACCCGCCUUCGCGAACAAAUGGCCAUUCAGUUGCAAGAAUACCAGGAUUUGAUGGAUAUUCGUACGGCACUCGACAUGGAGAUUUCCGCUUACCGUAAGCUCCUUGAAGGCGAAGAAACCCGAUUGAAAUUGACGCCAACGGCGGGUGCCUCCACCUCACAGAGCACUCGCGCUGGAACUCCGUCCCGCCGCACGCCGACACGCGCUCUGAAACGCAAGCGGACCAUGCUCGAAGAAUCCUCCUCCUACUCUUUGGCCGAUUUUAUCACCUCUUCAAGCGCAAAGGGAGAAGUGCAAGUCGAUGAAGUCGAUUCUGAGGGCAAAUUCAUCCGCCUGAUCAAUAAAAGCGAAAAGGAGGUAUCGUUGAGUGGAUGGCAGUUAGUGCACAAGGCCCAGGAAACCGAGACCAUUUACAAAUUUCAUCGGUCAUUGAAAGUGGCUCCCGGAGGCACAGUGUCCGUUUGGUCGGCAGGCAGCGGAACAGCUCACGAGCCGCCUUCCACACUGGUGAUGAAGGAGCAGCGAUGGUUUGUGGCCAAAGAAAUGGUGACGCAAUUGCUCGACAGCAGCGGAGAGGAAAUGGCUCAGCGGGAGAGCAAACGAGCGCAGACCAGUACCUCCAUUCUCCGUCAAAGGGAGGAGUAUCGCGGCUUGGGUGGUCCCGAGGAGCUUCACCAUCAGCAGGGGGACCCCGAAGGAAAAGAUCGCUGCGUUGUAAUGUAAUCAUCUCAUGAGUACUUCAUCAAGAUGUGUUCACCGAAGCUUUUUCAAGUGUCUUAUGAUUGGGUCAACGAGUUCUAUGAUGUGGAGAGAAAAUCAGAGAAAAUUACAAUUACAAAAUUACGUGUGUGUGUGAGAGAGAGAAAAAAAGAGAGAUGAAUGUGUGCGUUCAAAUAUUUCUGACGCAAGCCGCCUGCCAUUUAUUAAAUUCGUUCCACGAGAGAGAAAAAGAUAAACACAAAACAAAAUUGUCCGGUUCGUGUCGAGGUGAAUUCGUGCGUCUGGAAUCAUUUCUCACGAGUUGCGCGUACACACUAGUUUUGACUAGAUUUUUGCUUGUUAAAUGCAGAGGAACGGCCCAUAUAGAAAGUAAAAAACAAAAAAAAAAAGCAAUCCCAUUUUUUUACAUCAUCAUCAUUUUUGGAGUUCAUUUAAAGUAACCGAAAUUUCUUUUGAUGUUUUGCCAUCCCCCCCUUUCUCCCUGCACUCAUCUCUUCAAAUAUUAUUUUUCUGUUUUCUUCUUUCUCGGCUGCCGCCUUCAUCUUCAUUAAUGCGUUGAAUACACACCAACCAAAUUCUUUUUUUAAAAAGGG